UUUUGGCUCGAGCCAUUUUUAAGACAAAGGCUGUGGGAGCGAAAAGUACUCCCAUUUUUGGCCACAUUUUUCGAAGAGACGAUGUCCUCAACUUCCCGCACCACCAUUGCCGCUGCUGCAGGUGCGGCUGCCCUCUUCAGUGGCGUCAACUUUGUGUCUGCGCCAGCCACCAGCAAUCUUCGAGCCACUGCGUCUACCGCUGCCGGAUCUACUCCCAGCCUGGAGGCUGCUCCUGGCAAAACCGCCUCUCUAGCUGUCGCUGGUGUAGCUGUGGCAGCUUUGACCGCCAGUGGUCGUAAGGCACUUGGUAGCAUCAAGCCACAGCUGGUGACACUGCGUGCCUUCGAGAACGAGUUGGGUGUGCAGGAGCCUGUGGGAUUCUGGGAUCCGGCAGGAUUUACUGCGGACGGCAGCGUUGAGAACUUCAAGCGACGUCGUCAGACAGAGCUCAAGCACGGAAGGAUUUCCAUGCUUGCAACAAUGGGCUAUAUUACUCCAGAGAUCACUGGAAAGCUCCCAGGCUAUUUGUCUCCAUCAGCCGGACUUAAAUUUGCCGACGUGCCAAACGGGCUUGCGGCAAUCUCCAAGGUGCCUGCAGCAGGUUGGGGACAGAUCUUGGCCUACAUG